UUUUCACGUUAUCACUCGAAAUGAGUGAAAAAAUGGGGAAAAACUAAAAAGAAAGAAGACAGAAUGAAGAAUUUCUAUUCUUUCACGCGUUCGACUGUAGGUUUAUAUAUAACGUUCGGUCGAAUGCAGCUACUCUGGAAUUGGUUUCGUAUAGGUCAGCCGCGCAAAUUUAGUUUACAGUCCGCUACCCGUCAUCAUACCGCGUUAGCUUCGAACCGAACGCAUCUAAUCGCGACAAUAAAAUUAAUCACUCCUUGGCUAAUCGCCGAUGGAUUUUGAAACAGUUCGAAAGAAAUCCACGGCGGUCGUGCGAAGAACCGUAGGGCGAUUUUCCUCCCAUGCAACCGAAUGCGAAUCGAACGGUUUAUUUUACCUGCGUGUAAUUUAAUCGAUAAAUAUAUAUAUCGUCCGAUUUAUUGGGUGCAGUUAAAGCGCGUGGAAACGCGUGCAACGUACAAACGAACCGGAUGUGAUCGCGGACGGCUCGAGGAACGUGAGAAUUUCAAUUUACGAACAAAUCCAAAAAAAUUUUUCAAACGCCGAAAAAUAAAUCCGGGGGUAUUUUUUAUUCCACCCCGCGCUAAGCUCUUCGUCUCUUUCGUUCGUACUUUGCGGUUAAAUCCCCCGGAGUUCGGUUAAUUCAUUUAGAAGUUUAAAGGGCGGUGGAGCGAAUUAUGUAACCAUUGAAGCCAGUUUACACCCAUACACACCCUGCACGCGAAGAAGAAGAAUGAAGAAGAACAGAUUCGCCUUUGAAAUUUAUCUCGCACAUAACUUCGGGCAUUUUAUGUUUCACCGGUAUAAAAUAUUUAUAGAUCAUACGCGUAACGUAUACCGUUACACAUCCACGUUCGAAACUCGUGAGAAAAUCAUUCAUUAUUCCGGAGGGGAGAGGGGGGGGAAAAAAAAAAAAACCGUAAAACGAAAAUGUGAAAAUCAUUGGACGUUGUUCCCAAAAGAAAAGUCUCUCCCAUUGCACGAAGAUCGGCGACGAACGGGACGUUACGUAGCCGGAGGUACAGCCCUAGCCGUCACCCUCCUCGCCUUUCACCACGUGCUGAUGAGGAGGUCCUCGAGUCUGGCCGGAAUUUUCGUACCGGUUCUGAUCAUGACGAUCUACGUACUCUGGGUCCUGUAUUCGGCGAGACGAGACAGACUGAAGGCUGCGAGACGAACAGCGUCCGGUAUGGAGUUGGCGAACGUCGUUAGCAGCACUCCGUUGCCCAUCGAUAACGCGGACCGGGUUACAACGACGACGAAUCAUUCGAAGGAACAACGAAAUUCUCAAGAUGUUACGUAAAGGUGUGAUUUAUAUUAUACACCUCACUCCGAGUGGGGUACGUCGAAGAUGACGCAUAUAUUUCAUGAAUUGAUUUUAAAUCGAAAAUUGAUUUUAUCGACGUUAUAUAUUUUGUGGAAAAUAAAUAAAAUACUCAAUCGAAAUUCUCGUCAACGUUCGAUCAAAUUUUUCG